UGGUUAUAUGUAGACUAUCCUAGGAUACAGUUGAUUAUACUAAUAUUCUCGACACGUAUUGACUGUUGACGCAUCUGAAAGUGGCCGGAUCACAUGCAUGUCGGACUGGCGUUCCAGGCAUCCAUUCUGAUCACAUUAUCAUUUUCCCUCCUUUUCUCUCUUCUUCUUCUUCUUCUUCUUCUUUUUUCUUUAUUUCUUUCUUUCGUUCUAUUUCUGCCUCCUUUCUAUUUGUCUAUCAUCUCGGUCUCUUCUCUCCAUCCAAUAUCCGCGUUGCGUCGUUCCCCGCAUUCAGGGACUAGGCUCAACAGACUAAUCAGACCGAUCCGCCCCCCUCGCCCUCGGUCGCCCAACCUCGGCAACCCCAUCUGCUCCACCCGCGGUUCGCUGGGAUCCAUUCAUUGAUUUCUAUUUAUCUGGUCCGCCUCACGCUGUUCUGUUGCUAGACCAUACACGAUACUACUGUGGUUGUGUUUUGUGACUUCAUC